AUGGCCUCGCUGAUCCGAGCCCUGCGUGUGGCCACCACAUGCCCUCGUCCGAGCCCUGCCCAGGGCCCGGGGCUGCGAUCCAUGGCCUGCACAGUCGGCCACACAACUGAGAAGAAAGUACCACAUCAGCGGAUCCUAAAGGAGACACAGGGCCCCUCUGUGGUGGCCCAAGGCCCAAGUCGGCCACUGCCCAGUACAGCCAAUGUGGUGGUCAUUGGCGGGGGCAGCGUGGGCUGCCAGACCCUGUACCACCUGGCCAAGCUGGGUGUGAGCGGGGCGGUGCUGCUGGAGCGAGAGCGGCUGACCUCGGGGACCACCUGGCACACGGCAGGCCUGCUGUGGCAGCUGCGGCCCAGCGACGUGGAGGUGGAGCUGCUGGCCCACACGCGGCGCGUGGUGAGCCAUGACCUGGAGGAGGAGACUGGGCUGCACACGGGGUGGAUACAGAACGGUGGCCUCUUCAUCGCGUCCAACCGGCAGCGCCUGGAUGAGUACAAGAGGCUCAUGUCGUUGGGCAAGGCCUAUGGCGUGGAAUCCCAUGUGCUGAGCCCGGCAGAGACCAAGGCUCUGUACCCGCUGAUGAAUGUGGAUGACCUCUAUGGGACGCUGUACGUGCCGCAUGACGGCACCAUGGACCCGGCUGGCACCUGCACCACACUCACCAGGGCGGCUGCCGCCCGAGGAGCACAGGUCAUUGAGAACUGCCCGGUGACUGGCAUCCGUGUGCGGACAGAUGACUUUGGGGUGCGGCGGGUCGCAGCUGUGGAGACAGAGCACGGCUCCAUCCAGACACCCUGUGUGGUCAACUGUGCAGGAGUGUGGGCAAGCGCGGUGGGUCGGAUGGCUGGAGUCAAGGUCCCACUGGUGGCCAUGCACCAUGCCUACGUCGUCACUGAACGCAUCGAGGGGAUCCAGAACAUGCCCAACGUCCGUGACCACGAUGCCUCUGUCUACCUCCGCCUUCAAGGGGACGCCUUGUCUGUGGGCGGCUACGAGGCCGACCCCAUCUUUUGGGAGGAUGUGUCGGACAAGUUUGCCUUCGGCCUCUUCGACCUGGAUUGGGACGUGUUCACCCAACACAUCGAAGGCGCCAUCAACCGGGUCCCUGUGCUGGAGAAGACGGGGAUCAAGUCCACGGUCUGUGGCCCGGAAUCCUUCACGCCUGACCACAAGCCCCUGAUGGGGGAGGCGCCCGAGCUCCGUGGGUUCUUCCUGGGCUGUGGCUUCAACAGUGCUGGAAUGAUGCUGGGCGGUGGCUGUGGGCAGGAGCUGGCCCACUGGAUUGUCCACGGGCGCCCGGAGAAGGACAUGUACAGCUACGACAUCAGGCGCUUCCAUCACUCGCUCACAGACCACCGCCGCUGGAUCCGCGAGCGCAGCCACGAGUCCUACGCCAAGAACUACUCCGUUGUCUUCCCCCACGACGAGCCACUGGCUGGGCGCAACAUGAGGAGAGACCCCCUGCACGAGGAGCUCCUUGGACGAGGCUGUGUGUUCCAGGAGCGGCAUGGCUGGGAGCGGCCGGGAUGGUUUAACCUCCAAGGCGCAGCCCCGGUCCUCGAUUACGACUACUACGGGGCUUAUGGAAACCAGGUGCACAAGGACUGCGCCUACAACAGGCUGCUGGGCGACGAGUACACCUUCGACUUCCCGCCCCACCACGACGUGAUCAAGAAGGAGUGUCUGGCCUGCAGAAGGGCUGCUGCUGUGUUCAACAUGUCCUACUUUGGAAAGUUCUACCUGCUGGGGCCGGAUGCAAGGAAGGCUGCCGACUGGCUCUUCUCUGCAGAUGUCAGCCGACCGCCAGGCUCGACGGUGUACACCUGCAUGCUGAACCCGCGUGGGGGCACGGAGAGCGACCUGACGGUCAGUCGCCUGACUCCGGGCCAGGACUCCCAGGACUCCCGGCUGGCCCCUGCCUUUGAAGGGGAUGGCUACUACCUGGCUGUGGGCGGGGCUGUGACCCAGCACAACUGGUCCCACAUCACCUCGGUGCUGCAGGACCAGAGGUUCCGGUGCCAGCUCAUCGACAGCUCAGAGGACCUGGGCAUGAUCAGCAUCCAGGGCCCAGCCAGCCGGGCUGUCCUCCAGGAGGUUCUCGAUGCAGACCUGAGCAACGCGGCCUUCCCCUUCUCCACCCACAAGCUAGUGAGAGCCGCCGGGCACCUGGUCCGGGCCGUAAGGCUGUCCUUUGUGGGGGAGAUGGGCUGGGAGCUGCACAUCCCCAGGACUUCCUGCGUGCCUGUGUACCGGGCCGUGAUGGCAGCGGGUGCCAAGCACGGUCUCGUCAACGCGGGCUACCGUGCCAUCGACUCCCUGAGCAUUGAGAAAGGCUAUCGGCACUGGCAUGCUGACCUGCGGUCGGAUGACAGCCCCCUGGAGGCGGGCUUGGCUUUCACCUGCAAGCUCAGGUCCGCUGUGCCCUUCCUGGGGCGUGAGGCCCUGGAGAAGCAGCGGGCCACAGGCCUCCGCCGCCGCCUCGUGUGCUUCACCGUGGGGGAGAAAGUGCCCAUGUUUGGCCUGGAGGCCAUCUGGAGGGACGGCCAGGUGGUGGGCCAUGUCCGGAGGGCUGACUUUGGGUUCACCAUCAACAAGACCAUCGCCUAUGGCUAUAUCCGCGACCCCAGCGGAGAGCCGGUCUUGCUGGACUUUGUGAAGAGUGGGGACUACGCCCUAGAGAGGAUGGGUGUGACCUAUGCUGCCCAGGCCCACCUGAGGUCACCCUUCGACCCAGACAAUAAGAGGGUGAAGGGAAUCUACUGA